AUGUCGUGGGAGUUCGCCACCCUGGGAGCAUAUGGUUUAUCCUUGCUAAGGGACUGCUCUGAAUUGAACCAACUUUCCGCCCAUAUCAGUGAACUCACUGACCAUGUCGCCAAAGCACGAUUGAGAGAGACGGAACUCACUGAAAGAGUGGCAAGAUGGGUGGAAUAUCUGAGAGAAGAAAAAGAGAAGAUGCUCAAACGGGGGAACUCCCUAUACGCUACUGGGACGCUUUCAGCAAUCGUUUCCGACGACAUUGAAUACAAUAUCAGCAUGCUCAUGAAAAUGAGAGAAAGAGUUGACAAGAAACUCCUAGAAAUCAAGCAAAGAAGGAAGGAACAUAAGUACCAAUUAAAAGAAAUGAAAAACGAAAUGCUACUUAUGCAUCAUCAGUUGGUAGAAUGGGACAAGAAAUACGAUGAGAUCUCUGAUAUCACAAAGCGAAUGAAUGUCAGUCGAAAACAGCUGCAAGAUCGAAUCAAAGAACAGCAACAAAAAGAAACAGCUGCCAAAGUCAGUCAAUUCUUUUUCAUUAAAACCACGAAAAUCCAAGAACUUCUCGUGGAACUUUGA